AUGGUCUCCACGCGACAUCACCCCAACGAGUUUCCCUCGCCCGAGAACGCCGGGAAAGAGCUAGUCAAGCCCCCAGCUACCACGAACGCCAAUUCGCGCAAAUGGACACACACGCCUGCCGCCGCGUUGACCAUCUGGCUCGUUGCGUCAGUUCCUUUGGUCAUAUGGGAUGCAGGCUAUGUGUUGUUGCGUCCGCAUAGUAUGCCCGGUGGAAGACUGCACUCCCCGAUCUGGACGCCCUACGCGCUGUAUGGCUCGGUCGACUAUAUUUACGGCUGGCCGGCUUACAAUGCGCGCAAUGGUUUCACGGCUGCGCAGACUCUUCUCAACGUCAUUGAAACUAUCGGCUACAUCUCUUACCUUUGGAUUGUUUAUAGCCAUGGAGCUACAGUUGCGGGAACUGGCGGAUCGCGCAAGACCCCUAAGGGUUUCAUGUGGCUACUCACAGGCGAGAAAGUAGUCGCUGGGCGCAUUGGUGCGAUUGCGCUUAUGAUCGCCUAUACUGCAUCUGUCAUGACCCUGAGCAAGACUAUUCUUUACUGGCUCAAUGAGUUCUUCUCUGGCUUUGAGAACAUUGGACAUAAUUCGCCAAUGGCCCUUGUCCUCUAUUGGAUUAUACCGAAUGGCCUGUGGAUUGUGUUCCCUAGCUACAAUAUAUAUAUGCUGGGAAGCGAGAUCCUGAGCGCCAUUGAGCUCGCGACACCGCGCCAAAGAGUCGGACGCCCUAAGCUCACCUGA